AUGACACAAUCACCGCCUUUACAAGGUCUGAGGGUCUUAGAAUUCGCUGGUCUAGCACCAGACUAUGGCGCGACAGUCCUUCGACUCGACCGGGCACAUCCCAAAGCCCAUACUGCCAAUCCACCACCUCCUACAGGUGACCAGCUCACGAGACGCAAGAGUAGCAUAUGCGUCAACACGAAGUCUGCUGAUGGUAUCGCCCUGAUUAAGAAGCUCGUCGCGAACGUCGAUGUGAUCAUCGACCCAUUUAGGCCAGGUGUGCUGGAGAAGAUGGGCCUGGAUCCCGCGAAAGUGCUUCUUCGACUCAACCCACGAGUUGUCGUAGCUCGUAUGACAGGUUUUAGGCGUGAUGGGAAGUACAAAGAUAUGGCUGGCCAUGAUAUCAAUUACAUCGCAGUAUCUGGGGUCCUGUCAAUGCUCGGUCGACAGGGCGAGAAACCAUAUGCUCCAGGCAAUAUCGUAGGUGACUUCGGCGGUGGUGGGGCAGUGUGCUUCACGGGUAUACUUCUGGCACUGAUGCAGAGAGAGCGGACGGGUCUGGGUCAAGUUGUGGAGGCGAACAUGGUCGACGGAAGCUCGUUCUUGGCUAGUAUGCCACGAUUUGCUCAGAAGCUACCGACUUGGGGUGGGGAGCGAGGGACAAAUAUGCUAGAUGGCGGAUGUCCAUACUACGACACCUAUGAGACGCGAGACGGACAGUACAUGGCGGUCGGAGCAUUGGAGCCUCAAUUCUUCGCUGCUUUGAUAAAGGGCCUUGAGCUCGACGUGAAGCAAAUCAAAGGCGAUCGGCUUGAUAAGGCUACAUGGCCACAGCAGAAAGCAUUGUACACACAACGCUUCAAGCAAAAGACGCGAGCAGAGUGGGAGAGGAUCUUCGACGGUACAGAUGCCUGCUGUACACCUGUACUUACGAACCCUGAGCUAGAGAAAGACGGAUUCGAUCAAAGGCCAAUCGUCACGUUGACAAGCUCACCAGCCUUUGCAGUGUCCGAAGGUGAGGCUGAUGGUCGAUCUGCUGCACAAGGCCAAGGCAUUGGAGUGGAGGGCAGUGGCUGGAACAGCAAGGGCUUGAGACCUGGCCAUGACGGGGAAGAAGUGCUUGCGAAGUGGAUGGGAUGGAACAAUGGGCGGCAUUACUCGUUGAAGGAUGGCGGGUUGGAACUCCUUGAAGUUUCGCCUCGCUCACGCUUAUAA